AUGAUAGAUGGUGAUUUUGGAGUAGAAGCAGAUACAAAAUUUUUGUCCACCCAUAUCACAUAUACUAUCAACCUUGUCUUUAAGCAUCAUCUUUGGGAUAAUGGGCCAUAUGUACCCUUUAAGUACAAACUGGAAGAGGAAGCACAAUAUUCCACAUCAUGUGUUGCACAUCUCAGAGAAGAUGGGUGGCUGAUGACAGAAUUAUACCAAUUCACUAGCUACCAGAAGGAAAAUAAAUUUAGGAUUCGGUUUGUGCGCCCAUCCUAUUAUUCCCUACAUCGUAACCUGGUUCUUGAAGGAAUUGAAUUUCGACCCGUAGAGCAUGAGAAGCAUCAAAAUUUGAAGGAUGAAUAUAAUGUGGAUAUCAAACCCAUCUCAUAUUCUGAAAUAGAAAAAAUGUCAAGUGAUCAUCCAGAAAUAACCAAGUGGUUGGAAGAUAGAGUGCACUCCACAAGUAAUAAGGAACUCUUCUGUCUUCUUCGUAAAGGGUUCUCCAUUAAUAAUGGUGAGAAGUGGUUUUCUGUUGACGAAAAUAUGAAGAAAUGUCAUAUGCUACCUGCAAGAGCAAUCUUGCAAGAAGAAAAGUGGACAUGGAAGUCCCUACAGGAAUCAAGAUUUGACAUGAUGGCAGAGUCUCGUGACACAAACUCUUUUUCUAUUGCUUGUGUAAUCGAAUCCCAACUACUAUCACCUCAAACAACUUAUGCAAGUUACCUCUUGUACAAACUUCCUAAAAAUCACCACUCAGUGUUUGAGGGACCAAUAGAAGUAGAAAACAUAGAUCUCAAGAUUGACUUUAUAACACAUAAACGGCUUAUUUAUUUAAUUACUCCACCUCAUGUUCCUAUUAUUAGACCCCAGCUUGAUCAUUUGUCUCAAUCCCCAUUAAGUACUCGCAAAAUAAAAGGCCAUCCAAGACUAAGGGAGGAUGGUUGGAUGGAGCUUAAAGUGUGGGAAUUCCCGGGAGAUUUUGCAACAACUAUUUCAAUGCGUACGUGUUUCAAAAGUUGUGAUAAAUGGAACUUUACGGGUCUUUCUGUUCAAGGGAUCGAAUUUAGACCGUUGUAA